AUGUUGGCAGCGCAUCACCCUACGUUUUACGGCAGCGAAGCUUCAAUUUGGUUGGAUGGUGUGGUGCCGUAAACCGUGUUGGUCGCAGAACGCAUGGGACUGAGCUGCGAUAGCGUGUGUGUUUAUCUGAAAUAAUGGAGGCUAAAUCGAAGAAACCCUUUUCUCCUAAAGGUGGAAAGAAGUUUACACAAAAAGGAAAAGAUUCAAUGGGGACCAAACUUGGAGGAAAACCGCCUGGUAAGAAGCCCUUCAAAGCGUAUGACAACACAGGGGGCAAACCGUGGAAGGGUGGAAAUGGCGGAAACAAAGACUACAAACCUGCCUUCUCCAAAGCUGGGCCUGGUCAGCAGAAGAGAAAAAUGCCAUUUAAGGCAAAACAUGAAGAAGAAGGGGAAGGUCCAGAGGCCAAGAAGUUGAAGGAUGGCGAAGUUAAGCCAAACACAGAGGGGCUGACGGAGGAGGAGAUCAAGAAGAACAGGCAGCAGGCGAAGAGGGAUCUGAAGGACAGCAGGCAGCACGCGGAGAGGAAGGACAUGUUCGAUAUCAUCCGUCAGUGCAAACGCCUGUGGGGCGACCUCAGGAGGAAGAAUUGUGACAAAGAGCUGAAGACCAAACUGAUGGGGGAGCUUCACGAUCUGGUCCGCGGGAAGAUCAAGCAGAUGGCCUUUGCUCACGACUCGGUGCGAGUUCUCCAGUGUUUCACACAGUUCGGCAGCCACGAGCAGAGACAGGAGGUCUUCGAUGAGCUCGAAGAUGACAUCAUCGCUCUGUGUAAGUCGCAGUACGGCAAACACGUGGUGAAAAAGAUGCUGAUGUAUGGGAACAAGGAGCUGAUGGCGGCUGUGAUGAAAACGUUCAAAGGUCACGUGCGCUCGAUGCUUCGCCACGCCGCCGCCUCGUCCAUCAUCGAGUACGCCUACAACGACAAAGCCGUGUUAGCGCAGAGACUCAUGCUCACUGAGGAGCUGUAUGGGAACACCUACACCGUCUGCAGGUCUGGAGUGUGUAACACCAUCGAGAAAGUGGCCGAGGCGAACCCGGACAAGCUGGCCAACAUCAUCGAGGAGAUGAAGCAGACCCUCACUCCCAUGGCCCAGAAAGAACAAGUCAUCAAACACUCUCUGGUCCACAAAGUCUUCCUGGACUACUUCCUGUUCGCACCCGAGAAACAGAGAACGGAGAUGAUCGAGUCCAUCAGAGAGUCAGUCGUCUACAUGGCUCACACACACGACGGAGCCCGAGUGGCCAUGAACUGUCUGUGGUUCGGGACGGCCAAGGACAGAAAAGUCAUCAUCAAAACUAUGAAGACCUACAUGGUGAAGUUUGCCACGGGAGAGUUCGGUCACCUGGUUCUUCUGGCCAUGUUCGACUGUGUGGACGACACCAAGCUGGUCAAACAGGCCGUGCUCUCUGAAGUCUUGUUGUCUCUGGAUGAGGUCAUUGGUAAUAAAUACGGUAAGAAGGUUCUGUUGUACCUGCUGACCCCCAGAGACCCCGCUCACCUGCUGCCGGAGAUCAUCAAGGUGCUGGAGCGAGGAGACGGGAACACACACAGUAAAAAGGACAUGGCGGUCCGGCGAAAGGAGCUGCUGGAGGUCGUCUCCCCCCCGCUGCUGGAGCAUCUCCGUACCAACGCCGACACCAUGGUGAUAGACAAGGCGUCCAGCGUCACCAUCAGUGACAUCCUGGCGUCGGCCUGCGGGGAUCUGCGGCCCGCCAUGACAGCCGUGGCUCAGCUGGCCAAUCAGGAGCUGGUGCCAGGGGGGAUAGACGGACAGCUUCACAUGGCCGAGCACCCAGCAGGACACCUGGUGCUGAAGUGGCUCCUGGAGCAGGACAUGACGCUGGCAGAGGCCGGCAAGGAAGAGCGCUUCAGCAGGAUUCUGGUGGACGCAGUGGGAACAGACAAACUGAAGAGCUGGGUCAAAGUCAACAGAGGAGCCAUGGUGCUCUGCAGCCUCCUAAACAGCUAUGAGAAGUCUGUGGCUGCGGAGGUGAAGGAGGCGCUGCAGUCCAUCAAAGGAGAGCUCAGCAGCCUCGCCAACAACAAAGGAGCUGAGAUCCUGCUGGAGAACCUCAACAAGUAGAGACUUUAUUCCAAACAGACUGGUGAUGUCAUCGCAUCAUUUCCUGUGCAGCAGAAAAACAAGACUGCAGACGUUUGAAGCUGCGAAUGGGAACGAUUUCAGGAGGUGUAUGCGACCUGGAUCUCCGUUAUGUCCGUCCCUGAUGGAGAAAUGGACGUGAAUUUGUGUGGAAAUGUAUCUGUUGAUAAUUAAAUAAAAUAUGUUUGAGAAGGUGAUUGACCAAGACAACAGGUCAACAAAAUACAUCUAAUGUAAACACACUUUGCCAUAUUUUUCCCAAUGACUGUCAAUAAAACUCAGUUUCUUUCACAUAAAAGAUUCCCUUUGGGAUGCUGAAGGCUUUUUUUUGCCGAUUAGUUGAGGUUUAUUGACAGUAGUCUAACGGCAAAGGAGAUAGUUAAUAGAAACUCAGAGCAGCAGACUGGUGAAAAUAACUUUGUGCUGUUGGAUUUAGCUCCAACAUUUCAGCAACAUCUGUUUAACAGGAAAGGUGUUCCUGUAGCUUAAAACUAACAGACCCAUAAACCAGACAAAUAAAAACAAUCUGUAUUGCAGUACUGUAGUCCUAUUCUAAGAUUUUGUACCAUGUGUUUUAAUUGUAUCUGCUGAAAAGAAAGAAUUUGCAAAAUAAAGACUAUUGUAUUCAAA